GACUCACGCAGGAACUCACGGGUGUACUUGGGGAUUGAUAAUCGAUGAAUGAUGCAAGUCUUGCUCAAAGACAGUAUUGCACCUCUCUUUAACCUACGUCGACCUGCUUUGAUCAGAAUUUUCUCUUGGCUCAAAACUGCUUCUGGACAGAAGAAACGAUUUUCCGUUGCUAAAUACCAUCUUGACACAAUAUCACAAGAAACUGUUCAUCAUACUGCCAAGAGCGGUUUUCAAACAUCGAAACUUUAUGAUCAGGUCAGGCCGACUUAUCCAAAGGAGGCCGUAAAGUUGUUGAUCGGUAAACUUGGCAUUUCACGCCAAGAUCGGUCAUCCAACCAGCCAUUGAGAAUCCUAGAGCUUGGAGCAGGAACAGGGAAGUUCACUGAUGUUUUACAAAAGGUUCUUCGCGACAGUAAUGUGGAAAUAAUUGCAAGCGAGCCGGUUCUUUCUAUGAGAGAGGAGUUCGAGCAAAACUUCCCAACCUUAGGGAUGAAGGAUUUUUCAGCUGAAAAUAUUGGUUUGCCUAAUGGCAGUGUUCAUGCAGUGAUUGCUGCACAGUGUUUCCACUGGUUUGCCAACGAAAAGUCGCUUUCUGAAAUUCAACGUGUACUAGUUCCUGGUGGUAAGUUGGGUCUGGUGUGGAAUGUACGUGAUCACUCAGUACCUUGGGUGAAAGAAAUGGAUGAUGAUGUAAUUCUUCCCUUAUAUGUGCAGUCCAACACACCAAAAGCACAAAGUGGUGAAUGGAAGAGAUUGAUAAUGGCAUCUGAUAAAUUUGGGUCAUUAGAAGGUGAUGAAAGUUUAAAGACUGAACAGAUCUUGACAUUAGAUGAGUUUGUUAAGAGACUAUUAUCAAUUAGUGUCAUAGCCAUAAAAAGUGAAAAGGAAAAGAAAAUGGAAAUUGAUAAAAUUAAAUCAAUUUUAAACAAACAUAAACUAGGAACAGAUACGGUUAUCCUUCCAUACAAAGUUGAGAU